AUGGGUAACAAUUGUCAAUGCCCCGGUGACAAAGGGGAGGAGGUUUUCAAAGCUUUCUCACCUCGGCACAACGACAUAGUAGAUGCGGAGCAGCUAAGCAAGGUUCUGGUGCCACCUGAGUUCCACAAAAUCCAAGGGAUGUGGAGAACUGAAGAGGACAUGCAACUUAUGGGUGACUCGGCUGCGAGAGGUGAAAUCAGAGGAUCCACGGUGGUUUGGGACAAGGUCUUCAACUUGUCUCAGUCAAAACUCAGGCCGGCUCCUGAUGGCGGGUUUGAGAUGAUCUUAAGUGGGGCCAAGCACAAGGCAAAGCACGAUGCCAGUGCCGAUCGACUCAUAUGGAGCGAUGGUGAAGUUUGGGUCAGGGCUCGGAGGCAAGUGUGA